AUGGGGCCACAAGACGGUGGUUUCUACAUGUUGUUGCCUUUCCUGCGCGAGCCAGCCUGGCUGAUGCACGGUCGUGCUAUGGGAGAUGUUGCAAAUCAGGGCAACCGCGCUCCGGGUCACUCGCUAUGGGGGUUGUCCCUCUCUUUUGAAAAGGGCCAUCGACAUGGUGCCAUUCACAUUCACAUCAAUAAUUCUCUCUCUCUCUCUCUCUCUGCCGUCUAUAAUGCUGCCUCUGCCUCUGUCUCUGUUUCUUUCUGGCUCUGCUUAGGCUCUCUCAUUCCGUGUGUGUGUGUGUGUGUGUGUGUGUGUGUGUGUGUGUGUGUGUCCAUCUCCCAUUAUGUCUUUGUCUUCUCUCUCUGUCUCUGUCUCUGUGUCUCCUGCUUCAACGUCGCUCUGCGUUGGGCAGCUAGUGUGACGUGA